GCGCAUGCUCAGAGAGUCCGCAGAGUCUUUGUGUAGAAGGCUGUGGGGCUAGCGCUGUUUCGCUCGUGCUUACCAAACGUAUUCCCAGGUAAUCAUGGUGAAUGUAAAGAAGCGGAAAGGACGAGUCGUAAUUGACUCCGACUCUGAAGACAGCGCGAGUGAUGACAAUUUAGAUCAGGAAUUGCUGUCUUUGGCUAAGAGGAAGAGGGUGGACUCUGAAGAACAGGAGGAGCCAGCAAGCAAGCCAACAGCUUCUACUGAUUCAGAAACCUCUGACAGUGAUGAUGAGUGGACUGUGGGUGGUACCAAGGCCAAGAAGAAGGCAAAGACCGGGAAGGGAAGCGAGAAGAAGGCAGCCGUGAAAAAGCGCACGAACAAGGCGGCCUCCUCCGGCAGCUCCGAUGGAGACAGCUCAGCCGAGAGCUCCGCUCCCGAAGAAGGUGAGGUCUCCGAUUCAGAGAGCAACAGCUCGUCCUCCAGCUCAGAUUCGGACUCCUCUUCCGAGGACGACGUGUUCCGGGAUGGGUACGACGAUGACCUGAUGGGGGACGAAGAGGACCGAGCAAGGCUGGAGCAGAUGACUGAGAAGGAAAGGGAGCAGGAGCUCUUCAACCGAAUUGAGAAGAGGGAGGUGCUGAAGAGGAGGUUUGAAAUAAAGAAGAAACUGAAGACUGCCAAAAAAAAGGAAAAGGAGGAGAAGAAGAAAAAGCAGGAGGAGGAGCAGGAGAAAAGGAAGCAGUCUCAGGUCCAGGACACUCAGGUGGUCAUGUCUCACAAUAAGGAGAGGAGGUCUAAAAGAGACGAAAAACUGGACAAGAAGUCGCAAGCAAUGGAGGAGCUGAAAGCGGAGCGAGAGAAAAAGAAGAACAGAACAGCUGAACUCCUGGCCAAGCGACAGCCUCUGAAAACCAGUGAGGUCUACUCUGAUGAUGAGGAAGAGGAGGAGGAGGAUGAUGAUAAGUCCUCCGUGAAAAGUGACCGUAGCACUCGAUCCUCAUCUUAUGAUGAAGAGGAAGAGAAGGAAGAGACACCACCAAAGUCACAGCCCGUGUCGCUGCCCGAUGAGCUGAACCGGAUCCGCUUGUCCCGGCACAAGCUGGAACGCUGGUGCCACAUGCCCUUCUUUGCCAAGACGGUGACCGGCUGCUUUGUCAGGAUUGGAAUCGGCAACAGCAGCAGCAAACCAGUCUACAGGGUUGCUGAAAUUGUUGAUGUUGUUGAAACGGCAAAAGUUUAUCAGCUGGGCUCAACUAGAACAAACAAAGGUUUACAGUUACGACACGGGAAUGACACGCGGGUUUUCAGGCUAGAGUUCGUCUCUAACCAGGAGUUCACGGACAAUGAGUUCAUGAAGUGGAAGGAGGCUAUGAUACUUGCAGGAAUGCAAGUUCCGACUUUAGACGAAAUCACCAAAAAGGAGCAAGCAAUUAAAGAAGCCGUCAACUACAAAUUCAAUGACAAAGACAUAGAAGACAUCGUGAAAGAGAAGGACCGUUUCCGAAAAGCUCCACCUAACUAUGCCAUGAAGAAAACUCAGCUUCUUAAAGAAAAGGCUAUGGCAGAGGAAAGUGGAGAUGGGGAACGGGUCAAACAGAUUCAGGACCAGCUUAAUGAGCUUGAGGAACGGGCUGAGGCGCUGGACCGGCAGAGGACGAAAAACAUUUCUGCCAUCAGCUACAUCAAUCAGAGGAAUCGAAGUUGGAACAUUGUGGAGUCUGAGAAGGCCCUGGUGGCAGAAGGGCAGAACUCCAAGAACCAACAAAUGGAUCCCUUUACCCGACGACAGUGCAAACCAACCAUGGUGUCCAAUGCCAGAGACCCUUCAGUCCAUGCUGCUAUUCUUGCUCACCUGAAUCAGAAGUACGGUUCCGGUUCAGGACAAGACAAUACUGUGGAGAAGAAUAUACAGGGACAGCCAGGCCAGAAAGACAAAGACAUCGCCAAGACAACCAGUGACCUGUCGGAGGAUCUCUUCAAAGUACACGACUUUGAUGUCAAAAUUGACCUUCAGGUUCCCAAUGCAGAAGCCAAGUCUCUGUCUGUGAGCUCCAACGCCUUGCCUGUAAAAGACGGCGCCCCUCGCCGAUCACUCAACCUGGAGGACUACAAGAAGAGGAGAGGCCUUAUCUGAGACUCAGCACCUCCUCGGACCUCCUUGCAUGUGUCAGUUAAUAGCGGGGAACCUGAAGCUUUGGCUCUCCCCUUGUGUGUGUGUGUGUGUGUGUGUGUGUGUGUGUGUGUGUGUGUGUGUGUGUGUGUGUGUGUGUGUGUGUGUGUGAGAGAGAGAGAGAAUGAAUGUGUGUGUGUGUGUGUGUGUGUGUGUGUGUGUGUGAAUAUGUAUGCAUGUAUUUCAAUCCCAAAACCCACAGGAAGGAGUUAUACAUUUUUUUUUUCUUGUAAAGGAUUCCUUUUGAGGCAAAUUGUCUAGUCAUUAUUUUCUUUACGUGCAGAAUUGUACUUAGAUUUUUUUGUUAUUUGUUUUUGUCAUAUGAGAAUAUACAUAUAUAUUUACCCCUUUGGCUCCUCCCAGUUUUACGGUUGGCUUUUCGUUUUUCUGAAAAGGACAUUACUCUGGUGGACUGAUUUGUAAAAAGAACUUUUUUUUUUUUUUAAAUCUGGAUGGCUUGGAGUAUUUAAACUUUGCAGACCUUACUAGCAUGGACAUUGAACAAAAUUUGUAUUUACCAUCCAGUUUUGGAUUUUUAUUUAUUUUCUUUUUUUUUCUUCCUUAUUUUUUGCACCACCUUCCAUUAUGUAACUAGGCAGCCCUGCUCUUGUCAAAACCGUCCAACAUAUACAUGAUUAUUUCGCUUGGGACAUGCUGGUGGAAAAAAAAGUUAGGCUUUUCAAGGGAACAAGGUGAGAGACAAGGAAUAUAACGUAACACAAAACAACUUGAAAAAUUUCAUUACCUGGGAAUUUUUGUUUUUCAUAAGGUGGUUUUGGAAUGUAUAAUGGGGUUUUUUUUGUCUCCAGAUUCCAGGGCCUAAUUAGUUUUUCUUACCCUAUUGUUUAUGUGAGAAAAGGCUGUGUGUUAAUGAAUGUGUCCUUAGUAAAUUCUUGUAUUGAUGUGGCAUGCCAUGUAAAUAUGCAAUUUGGAGUGGGUGCUACACAAUAAAGAGUCACUGUUUCAUAUA